AUGAAUGAAAAGCAACUUCAUAAAGUUGAUUAACACAUUUAGUUCACAUAAGAGAAUUUGUGUAUAUAUAUAUCUCCUAUAUCAAUGCAUCAUAAAGGCUAUCCACAGUCUUCUUUCACAAACAGAGAUAUCAUGGUGAACAGCAUAAACAUAUAUAUGUCCAUCCUUCGUGUAGUAAUAAAGCUAGUCGGUCUGAAACCUCAGAGAGUAGAGAUCGAGCCCGGAACCGUCGUCAACAUCUGGGGUCCGGCCCAAUCCAAGCCCAACAAACCCUCCAUUGUCUUCCUCCACGGCUUUGCAGCAAACGGUAUCCUCACAUGGCAAUUCCAAGUACUAAGCUUAGCCAAAAACUACAACAUUUACGUGCCCGAUUUCCUAUUCUUCGGCGACUCAGCCACCGAAAAGCCGGACCGGUCACCGGUCUUUCAAGCGGAAUGUAUGGUGGAGGCCCUGAGGAUUCUUGGGGUGGAGAAGUGCACCGUGGUUGGGUUUAGCUACGGAGGGAUGGUUGGGUUCAAGAUGGCUGAGUUGUAUCCUGACUUGGUUGAGUUCAUGGUCGUGACUUGCUCGGUCAUGGGCUUGACCGAGUCAAUAACAAGGGCUGCACUUGAGAGGCUUGGGUUCGGUAGCUGGGCUGAUCUUUUGAUUCCUGACUCGGUCAAUGGUGUCAAGGUUUGUUUUAAAGACAUUGCUUCCUACAAGUUGCCCUGGAUGCCCGGCUUCAUUUGGGAGGACUAUUUUAAGGUGAUGUUUGAUUAUCGGAAGGAGAAAGCAGAACUGCUGGAGGCAUUGGUCGUAUUUGAUAAGGACUUUUAUGUCCCACAAUAUUCUCACCAGAGGAUACAUAUCAUUAGUGGAGAGAAUGACCAAAUUUUCACCAAGGAUGUUGUCCUGAAAUUGAAAGAACAAGUAGGAGACAAAGGGAGCUUGCGAUUCAUAGCAAAGGCAGGUCAUCUUGUUAACUUGGAACGACCAAAUGUGUACAACAGGCAUCUCAAGGAAGUUCUUGCUUCCUUUUAUCACCAAAAAUAAUGGGAUCUCCAUAUCCGGCCUCCUCUCCGAACAGUUGUGAUAGGGAUCCCAACAGCUGAUAUCUCAGUUAUCAAUAUUAUUGAAUUGUACGCACAAGAUUUGAUAUACAUCAUGUGGGACUUGUGGAGUUCAAGAAUUCAGUUGGAUUUAAUACGUCCAACUCAGUAGAUGCUGGGAUAACAGAGAUGCCAACUACUAUUGAUAUCUUUAUCAUUUUUUUUUCGUUUUCAGAAUAUUAAUUAUUUUUGUUGGUUCUUGUGUCGUUGACUUAGUCUUUGGCAUGUUCUAUGCAAUAUGGAUUUCAAUGUUAUAGACCAAGAAUUGUUACAAGAUUGAUUCAACUUAAUACUAGUUAAAAGUUAAGUUGAUGGUGAAUGGUUUAUGG